CACACCGGGUUUAGCAUUAGCACAAAUUGAUGUACAUUUACUUCUGGAAUUGAGCCACAUUGGCAUGUAGGCUCACUUAGGUAGAGCGUGUUAUCUUUCAUCAGCAUUAGCUGGUAAGCUAAACGGCUAGCUGCGUUUGCCAGUUAGCUCACUGCUGGCUAGUUAGCUGUCGCCAGCUUCAGAGAGAAUAAGCACAGUCGUUUGCGUCGCUGGCUAGCUCUCCUGACUUCCAUGAAGACAGUCUGAACAGGCUCCAGGACGCCCUGUUUAUCGCUAUAUAACCAACUAAAAAAAGAGAUAACUAGUUGCACCAGUGUGUUGUUAUUGUUAGUAUUAUUUUUUACAGGUACAGGAUGUUAAAACGGCACCAGGGAUCAGUGUCUUGAACAUGAUCUGACCAGAUCUGAUGGAUUUCCAGCUCAUUCUCUCCGUCUUCUAUCACGCUGGCUAAUCAACAAUAGAGAUGUUAAUAUCCGUCCAGUUCUCUGCGAGGUUCACGUCGUCGUGUUUGCACCCGUUUGAUUUAACGGAUGUCUAACUGAAAUGUAUAAAUGAGGAGGAUCAGUGGUUGAUCAUCAGGCCUGUGACACAUGAACAGUCGAGAAAUACCACUUGGCUUAGCAUGUAAAAAUGGCUGACCUAGCAAAAGCACGGGGCUGAGACAUUUUUUUGCUUCUUUGCUUUCCUGAUACAGCUCACCCGUGCAAAUAUGAACUGCUAUUUGGUUAAGGAAACAUAGUUAUUCUCGGACAGUUUAGUUUCGUCGACCUUCAUAUGGUCUACAUUUACAGUAUUUGGCUGCUCCGAGCACUGUUUCUUUCGCAGGAGUACAUUGGUGUGAACAUUCAGCGCUGCUUCUCUGGUUAGACCCAGCCUUUGCUCCUCUUCCCCAAGGAUCAUGGCCAAAGAUGCUGGUCUGAUUGAGGCCAAUGGGGAGUUGAAGGUUUUCAUUGACCAGAAUCUGAGUCCAGGUAAAGGAGUUUUGUCUUUAGUGACUGUACAUCCACAGUCAGUUGCAGUAGGAAAACAACUUUUGCCAAAAACCCUGGGCCCUUCAAAUGUCAACAUUGCUCCUCAGAUGGUCAUUGGGACACCUCAGAGGCCAAGUGGGUCCAACGUGCUCCUAAUGAACAGUCCUCACACACCCAGCUCUCAGUUCAUCACUCAGAGCCAACCUCCUGAUGCCUCUCCGUGGUCCUCAGGGAAAAGAAGUAAGAAGGGGGAAAAGAACGGGAAAGGUCUGAGGCAUUUUUCUAUGAAGGUGUGUGAGAAGGUACAGAAAAAGGGUGUUACCACAUACAAUGAAGUAGCAGAUGAGCUGGUGGCCGAAUUCAGCUCUGGUGACAACCACAUCUCCCCAAAUGAUGCGCAAGUAUAUGAUCAGAAGAAUAUUCGGCGGCGUGUAUAUGACGCUCUCAAUGUGCUGAUGGCCAUGAACAUAAUUUCAAAGGAGAAGAAGGAGAUCAAGUGGAUUGGGCUUCCCACCAACUCAGCCCAGGAAUGCCAGAAUCUGGAGGUGGAGAGGCAAAGACGUCUAGAGAGAAUCAAGCAAAAACAGUCACAACUCCAAGAACUCAUUUUACAGCAAAUUGCGUUUAAGAACCUUGUGCAGCGUAACCGCCAAACAGAACAGCAAACAAACAGACCACCACCAGAAAAUUCAGUCAUUCACCUGCCCUUUAUCAUCAUAAACACCAGCAAGAAAACUGUCAUUGACUGCAGCAUCUCCAAUGACAAGUUUGAGUACCUCUUCAACUUUGACAGCAUGUUUGAGAUCCAUGAUGAUAUUGAGGUAUUGAAGCGCAUGGGCAUGGCAUGUGGCCUAGAGGUUGGCAAGUGCUCUGCUGAAGACCUCAAAGUUGCCAGGAGCCUGGUGCCUAAAGCACUGGAGCCUUAUGUCACAGAAAUGGCACAGGGUCCAAUCAGUAACGUCUACAUGACAGGGACUUCAUCUGCCAAUGGGAGUCGCUAUCAUAUCAGCAGUGAAAGUGGAGCAGAUGGAACAAUGGCCUCCAGCUCCAAUGACUCACACUACAGUGGUUCUCGGGUCGAAACCCCAGUUUCUUACAUGGACGAUGACGACGACGAUGAUGACUAUGAUGAAAAUGACGAAGAUGACUAACCCUCUCAGGCCACACUUCCUCCAACAGCUAUAUUCGUGGGGUUUAUUGUAUACACACAAGCUUCCUCUCCCCGUCUGCUACUAGCACACCUUUAAUUUCCCUCUCUCUCUUUUUAUCUUGAAGGGCAUUGAGAAGCAUGGGCUUUAAAGAGGUGUGUUGAUUUCAUCCAGCCCUUUCUGCUGUAUGGCUUAGGCUGUUAAAUCACAGCACCGUGCUAGUGCGGAUAUUUGGUCCUGAUAGCUCUAGUUUUCAACAAAAAAAAAAAAAAAAAAAAAAAAAAGGGACUUUUAUGGGACUUUGAAGUUGCAGCACUAUGCCGUCCAGCAUCUGCUGGAAUUAGCAUGACUUACAAAAGAACCCCCUCUCAGCCAGACACCAACCUGCUGUUGGAGAAUGCGUAGUGUGACCUCUGUAUAACAUAGUUAGGCUAUCUGCUUUUGAACAAUUGUUUAUUUUUUUUUAACGUGCUGGCGUAUUCUGAAGAUUCAGAUGGCUGCCACCUCCUAGACUGUAGGCGCAAAGAAUCAGCACAGCCAGCUUACCAUUUCGCCCCGUCGGGGCAAGUCUUUGGAUGUAUGGACACUUUUUGUAAGAUUGGAGGAAUUAAUGGCUUUUUUUUUUUUUUUUUUUUUUUGUAGAUUUCGUGUGUGUGUGUGUGUGUGUGUGUGUGUGUGUGUGUGUGUGUGUGUGUGUGUUUGGUUUCCUGUUAUUCUGUGGGCAGCUGUUGUAGGGAGCUCUGUUGAACAGCCAUUUUUUUUUGUUGUUUGAGCUUUAGAGGUGAACCUCUCCUGUUGUUCCCUCUUUGUGUUUUACAACUGACAGUCAUCAGGAAAUCAGAGAAACUUUAUUAUCCACUGAAAUUUAUAGGAAAUCAAACCUCUAAAGAUUAGUUUCUCAUUUCCUCUCCAGGUCAGUAACACUACGGAGUAUGUAUGAUUAUUAUCCCAGUAUGAGGUAUAUAUAUAUAUAUAUAUUUUUUGGACUCCCCUGGAAAAUGUUAAAAAAAAAAAAAGAA